GCUGCUGCCACUGGGAAUGCUCUCGCGCUGUGCAGUCGCAGUCGCAGUCUGCUGAAGAGUAAACUACCAAGCGGACACAGGCUAGUUAGCUAAUCAGGUGCUAAGUCAGCUAACUUGCAGCCAAGCAGCAUUGUACCGUACUCUCCUGGGGUAACGUUAUAAUGGUUGUAACGCGGGCGAUAGCCAAAACGAAAAGGCUAGCAACAUUUAAAUGAGGUAGCUGACCGUUGUUUGGGUUGUUUUUAAUUAGCUAGGUCUAGCUAACGCGGAAGGAAUCCCCACAGAGUAAUCAAUGAUUAGCAUAACGCAACGGACAUAAUACGCUCGUUUUAAAAGGCGUUUCUUCCUGAGUAAAGGAUGUCUAAACGCCUGCGAAACACUGAGAUCUGCGCCGAUUGCAGUGUUCCAGAACCUCGCUGGGCCUCGGUGAACAGGGGUGUGUUGAUCUGUGACGAGUGCUGCAGCGUUCAUCGAAGUCUGGGUAGACACAGCUCGCAGGUCCGCCACCUGACGCACACACCAUGGCCUCCUACGCAGCUACAGAUGGUUCAGACGUUAUACAGCAAUGGUGCAAAUUCAAUAUGGGAGCACUCUCUUCUGGACCCUGCGUCUGUGAUGAGUGGAAAACGCAAGGCCAACCCUCAGGACAAAAUACACCCAAACAAAUCAGAGUUUAUUAAAGCCAAAUAUCAAAUGCUGGCAUUUGUCCAUCGCAUGCCUUGCCGGGAGGAUGACAGCUCGACAGCCAAGGAUUUAAGCAAGCAACUUCACUCAAGUGUACGCACCGGGAAUCUUGAGACUUGUUUGAGGUUGCUAUCCCUGGGAGCACAAGCUAACUUCUUUCACCCGGAAAAGGGAAACACUCCCUUGCAUGUAGCUGCAAAGGCAGGACAAGUAUCUCAGGCUGAACUAUUAACUGUUUAUGGAGCAGAUCCUGGAGCCCCUGACAGCAAUGGCAAAACUCCCAUUGACUAUGCAAGGGAAGCUGGCCACCAUGACCUGGCAGAUAGACUGGUGGAGAUUCAGUAUGAGCUGACUGAUCGACUGGCGUUCUACCUGUGUGGGAGAAAGCCAGAUCAUAAAACCGGCCAGCACUUCAUUGUUCCACAAAUGGCUGACAGCAGUUUAGAUUUAUCAGAACUGGCCAAAGCAGCAAAGAAGAAACUGCAGUCUCUCAGUAAUCAUUUAUUCGAGGAGCUAGCCAUGGAUGUGUACGAUGAGGUGGACAGGCGAGAGACUGAUGCAGUGUGGCUGGCUACACAGAAUCACAGCACUCUGGUGACAGAGACGACUGUGGUGCCUUUCCUUCCUGUGAAUCCAGAGUAUUCAUCGACGCGAAACCAGGGACGACAGAAGCUGGCAAGAUUCAAUGCACAUGAAUUUGCAACUCUCGUGAUUGACAUAUUAAGUGAUGCUAAGCGCAGGCAACAAGGGAAUACAAUAGCCAGUCCCAAAGAUAAUGUCGAAUUUGUCUUGAAGAGCGUGGCUGUCAGGCACUGCAGUGAUAGCCAGGACAAUGACCAGCCCGACUACGACAGCGUGGCGUCUGAUGAGGAUACAGAUCACGAGCUCCCCUCGAGCAAAGGAGAUAGAACCAAGAGCCUGGACUCUGACCUCUCAGACGGCCCCAUCACUAUGCAUGAAUACAUGGAGGUGAAAAACGCGCUCACCGCCUCCGAAGCCAAGAUCCAGCAUCUUAUGAAAGCCAACAACAACCUGAGCGACGAGCUGAGGCUGAUGCAGAAAAAGCUGCAAUCUCUGCAAAGCGAGAACACCUCUCUCAGGCGGCACAUCCCAACCAAUAUCUAUCAGAUCCCCAGCGGUUCAGACUACCCCGACCCCUCCAGCCCCUCAGCCCUGAAACGCCGGCAGUCUGCGCGGGCCAGUCGGCCCAUGUCUAUGUAUGAGACCGGCUCAGGCCUGAAGCCCUAUCUCCCUAAAGGGGAAACUCCCUACCCAGAAGAGGGUAUCCCCACCCUGCAGCCCUUCCCACCUCAUGCUGCGAAGUUAGAGAAGCAAAGCAGCAUGCCAGAAAGUGACUAUGACAACACAUUCAAUGACUCUGAGAUGGAUGAUUCAGGUUUGUGCAGGAGAGGGAGGCUGAGGAGCAGCGGCUGGCUGGGGGAGGGCAGCUCUAUCCCUGAGCUGGAUGAUCUGGAGAUGGAGUCAGACCCCACGCUUCCCAGCACAGAAGACGUCAUACGCAAAACAGAACAGAUCACCAAGAAUAUCCAAGAGCUGCUGCGAGCUGCACAAGAGAACAAACAUGACAGACCAUGUGAGCGUGAGGGUGUGCGUCGGCUCAGGCACAGCCUGGGAUGUUUCAGCACUCUGGUGCCCUGGGCCGAGAAGGCCCCCCCACCCCUUCAGCCGCUCAGCCUGCGGUCCCCUGACCCCACCUCCUGCUUCAUACCCUGCUCAGAAAGAAUACAUGUGGCUGUAACAGAGAUGGCUGCCCUCUUUCCCAAGAAGCCCCGCUCAGAGACAGUUAGAGGCUCUCUGCGCUUGUUGACCUCCAGUGCGUUCCGGCUACAGAGCGAGUGUAGGAAGGCGUUGCCAUCAGAGGGCUGCCCGGGACCGGACAUGCAGCUGGUCACCCAGCAGGUCAUCCAAUGUGCUUAUGACAUUGCCAAGGCAGCCAAGCAGCUUGUCACCAUCACCACAAAGGAGAAUACCAACUAACAGCACUUACAGGGCUGCAAAGCAGUCAGCAUCUCAGUUUCGUUCUUACGUAUAUUUUUUAAUGAUUUUUUGUUUUUUUUUGUAUUUGUGGUAUAUGCAUGCAGUUUUUUUUUAAUUUAUGAAUAAAUAUUUAAAGCCAACUCUGGACAAAAUCUGGGUGUAAAGGGAAAGAGUCAGCAUCUUUACUUAGGGAUACCCAGCUGUUGUAAUAGCACAAUUUCUCUUGGGGUAUAAUAAUGAGUUCCACAAAUCAUGUUAAAACUAGCAGCAGCUCGCAAGCCUGGGGACUGUAAUGGUUUAUAGAUUACAAUUUGAGUAAAUCUUUCAUCAGUCCAUCAUGUAAAUACCUUUUAUUGAGAGACAGAAUUAAGCACAGUAAAUCCACAUGAUGAUAUUGGUUAAUGUUAUCAGUCCAAAGCCAGACAAGGAUGCUGAAAAGCCAUAAAUGAGUCAUGAGUAUGCUGUCGUUGAAAGCUAUUGCUCGCACUCUUGUAGCUAAAGGAGCUUCCUCUUAUAAAUUGCACUGUGCAAGCAUCAUACUGUAAAGUUUAAUGUCCAAAAAACAAAUUUACCAUUAAAUGUUGGGAACUUCAUUAAUGCACACGUUGUAGCUCUGCAAUGCCAAUGUUUGUUGCAUCGAAAAAGCUAUUUAUAUAGUUUGUCCCCUGUCCAAGUGUAAUCCAGUCUGCAGUGCAUUUAUUGCAGCUAUUUGUGUGUGCCCAUUUGUCAAGUCGGUGAAUGCAAAUGACGCUUGUUCAGGGGCCAAGUUGUAUUUGUCACUAGCACCAAGAUGUUGUUGUAUUAACUUCAGAUGAUCUGGUGUGUUUCUCCACACUGCACCGUAUUCUGUGGUCCUGUGUGCCAUUGCAGUGUUGGUGAUGUUUAGAGCUAAUAGCCAUACUGUGUAUGUCCAUGUGUUUUGUGCUCUGUUCCGUUGCUGCUAGUUUUGUAUUUAAUGUGCAACAUAUGGGAUAGAAGUCUAGACAUCUCCUGUAUAAUUGUGCGACCCAACAUUCAUCCUCACCAAGUGUUUCAGAGUUCGUCAUUUUGAAAUCUGAUCAAGGUAUUGUCCCUCUCUGUACUU